CAUCAGAUCGCUGGCAGUCGCUCGUUCGUGUAGAUCGACAACGUUCCGUGAAUAUUUUUCUCAGUCACUAAAUUUGUAUAUUCGAAAAUGGUGUUCAGUGUAAGGAAUCUGUUGGGUCUAACCAUUCUGGCAGUAUUGGCCAGCACGGGCUACGCUAUCCAUUGCUAUAACUGUGACUCGCUAUUCAACUCUAAGUGUGGACAGAAGUUCGAAGCUGAAGCGGGCAAUUUGUUUGACUGCAGUCGCGUUACUCCUCCUCGUCAUCUCUCCCAAUAUUUCCAAGUUCGCAAUGCCACAGGCUGCAUGAAGAAGGUUCUGGAAGGUUUGCCCGGUCAUCAACAAAUUAUACGUAGUUGUUACUAUGGCGAUGUGAACAACAAGCAAGGAUGCCAACCGGAUACAAAUCUGCCUUUGGUCAAGGAGUUGGCUUGUGAUAUCUGCACCAAGGAUAAUUGUAAUGGUUCCGGCUCCUUGGCUCCCAUUGCCGGUGCAAUAAUCCUGUUCUUCGGUGUGGCCCGUUUGUUGGCUUAAUAGUGAGAUUUUCGCUUCUUCUUCUUCUUUGUAAUAAAACCACGUAGACACUCCUCAAGUAUUCUUCGAUUGAAGAAAUUAUUUUUAAAAUAUUGGAUCUUAAAAUCAUAAUGUAUACUAUUUAAAGAGAACUACUCAUUAAAGCAGCUGAAGUACCAAAUUGAAAAAGAA